GGCAACAGUGGUCGUCCUGGCAACGGACAAGGCAGCGGCUCAGUCGGCGCCCGGCGUUCUGCAGCAGACCGCUGUGAUCUGUUUGCAUGUAUUCCUGGGAGAGUGAUUCAUCAAGGUGAAACGCCAAUGUGGCAAAGUGAUCACAGCUCGAGCAAGCUUGUUAACAACCAGAGAGAUGUUCCAUGAGGAUGCUGUUUUGGAAUUAGCAGCUGAGCUGCAGGGAGAGUUUACCCAGUGAAGCUGGAUCUACAUCAGGGAUUAGCACUUUGCUCUUUAGUGGAUGUUUUAUUUAUAGAGAAGGUCAAAGAAAUGGACUUUAUUCCAGGGAAGCACGUUGGUUACAUCAUCGGCAACAACGUAUGCGCAAAAUUCUAAUUUCACAGACAAGCUUAUUGUUUAAUAAUCUGGAGAAAAGUAAUUGUUAUUUUGGAACAGGGUGAAAUUUGCAACACUGCCACAUUGUGUGAAUCUAUGGAAGCUCUUUCUGCUGGAAGCAUGUCGAGCAGCAGCCUGCCCCCUCUGCGUAACCUGCCCCAGUGGUCUCGUGUGGGGACGCUCGAUAGAACUCGGUAUAACGUUAACCCACUUCCUCUGUCUCCUGCCUCGAAGACAGAUAAACCGGAGCCCCCUCGGCAGGCUGGCCCUGGAAGUGAGCACGGCAAGAUGGAUGCAAACCUGCGGGCGGCCGCGCUGGAAAGGAAUCUCAAGUUCCUGCAGGAGCAGCAUUCGGAAACUCUGGAGAAGCUGCACAAGGAAAUUGAGCUGCUCAAGCAGGCGAAUCAAGAUCUCAUUUUUAGGAUGAUAAUGAACCAGGGGUUGAUCCACCAAGAUCUUAAACCAGGACAGUCGGUGGAAAUGGAGCACAGAACUCUGAAGUUAAAUCUGAGCAAAAUGUUGGGAACUUUAUCAUGCGCUGGUCCGACAACCUCACUCACAGAAGCUGCCCAGAUGAUUAGCAGAGAUCACUGUACAGGCAAGAGGCAUUCUCAGAAAGGAGCCCAACGCCGCCCUCUACCACCAGAGGACGGGGUCAGAGAGCAGAGGGUAGCCCAGAAAGUAUUCCAGAAACCGAGCUCCACUCGACGCAAGCUCUCCACAGAGACAGCUGCCGGGAGGAGCAGUGGGAUGGCUUGUGCGGCCAUGCCUGUCCUGACUCUUCACCCGGAACUGGACGAGGCACAGAUGCUCAUCACGUCACUCACACCCCUGUUGAUCAAGGUUACUCCUUCGGGGACUCCUCGGGCUCCAACGCUGCAGGAGUGCGCUGUCAUUGUCCGACACUUGCUCAGCGCCAGCAGCCUGCAGUCUCAGGAGCUCCUACGUCUGAAGACGAGUUUAAAGGAUAUGUUAUGCUCCAACAAAUGGACUCCGGAUGCCUACCUCCUCGCAAAGGCCUACCUAGCUGAGCUGAGUCAGGAACAGGAAGUUGUACAUCUGCCCCAAGUGCCUUUGAAAGAACCGGCGAUAAAACCGCAUGAAGCCACAGUGACGAAGGCAGACAGAGUGGUUCUGCCUGCCCUGAAACAGACGGUGGGGAACCGAGUCACAGAGCGACAGCGAAGGCUGCAGGCUGUACGGAAGAGCCACUGUCGCAAAGUCCUUCUGUAGAGCUGGCACUCACCGAUUUAUAUCUCAGCACGGCCAAUGAUCUGUCAGUGGAUUGGCUGUGUGGCUUUUAUUCCAUAGGGAUUCUGCUUUACUAUGCAUUAAAACAUUUCUUAAACUA